CUACCCGCGGGCUGCCGGCCCCGCUGCCCCGCACGGAGGGAGGAUGGAGCAGAGGAUGCUGCCCUCGGAGCGCAGCGCGGGGCGAGCUGUGUUCUAACUUAGGAACGGGGGAAAGGGAAAGGGAUUGUACCUAAUAACGGGCGUGAAACGCUUCCUCCGUGUACCAGGGGGCAUUUCCCCUCCUUCAGCACGCGGAGAGCCUAAAGGAUCAAAGUCUUGGCUAGAGGAUAAAUGGGAGCAUGAUGUAAUGCCCCAUCAAAAGCCUUGAAAAUGAUCCUGAAUCCGGAAAACGAUACCUUGGCCGAGGUCGCGCUAAUCAGAGGUUUGGUGGAUAUGAGAGGAAUCCGUUUUGCACAGCUUCUUUGGGUGUAAAUCCGAAGUCGAGGCUCACUCUCAGUUCACCCAGUGGCACUUCCCAUUGCCUGCACGAACCAAGGUGCAGGCAAAGAUGAUCUGAGAAUUUGGCCAUUCCUUUAUUUCCCAGCCCCCCUCUCUGCCCCAUCCCGACAUUAAAAGAGACGAAGUAUUCAUUCUACAUCGCCUUUAACCGGCUGAGGAAGAGGUGGGUGCGGAAGGUGAGAUUUUGCCAUUGUGGCUUUUGAGACCGGGUACGAUUUUCUCCUUUGUUUAAAGAAAUUCUGCACUUUCUCCCAUUAAUCUUUAGCAGGGAAAGCGUUCAGCCCGCACCUGUAUAAACAACCCGGACUACGGGGGGGGGGGGGCAUAGGGGGAAGUAAACCUAUAUCUCUCCCUCUGCAGUACCUUUAAAUAUAUAUAUAUACACAUACAUAUAUGUUUGUAUCGAUAUAUAUGUAUGUAUAUAGGGGUAAUGUAGGCGAACUAGGGAGGCCAAGCAACCCCCAAGGCUGGCGUGCUCCCCUUUCUCAUUGCCAGCGAGAGCAUCUCAGUGUCAACCCGAGUUCAAGAGAUCCAGUUGCAGGACCAGCCGCGUGUUUCGGCGCUUCAAGCAAUGUCAAGUUUCCCUUGGAAGGGUUGCUCCCAACCCGGCUCUGAUGUGGUUCUGGCCCCAGCGGGCGAAGCCGAGGUUUACACAGCGUUAAGUGGCCGCGGGCCGCGGAGCGCUGGGCGAAAGCACGGCCGCGGGUGCCAGGAAAGUCGCUCUGCGGCAGCGGGAAGGUUCCACUUAACUCGGGAGGGAAAUGUAAGGGGAAAAAAAAAAAAAACGGGAGCGAAAUUUCGGGACAAGAUCUUUCCACCUGUUGUAGUCAUUAGGUUCUUUUCUAUUCUGUGUAGUGGAACUGUUAUUCUGCUUAACUGCGCGCAGACAGGGCCGGGAGGGCAGUGGGGAAGCAAUGUGUUGCUUAUUCAUCCUGGGAAGAGGCGGCGUCAAGGGCGCGGGAGGGAUGCACCUCGGGGGCUCUUCUCGUAUCCCCCUGUGGAACGUUUACCCGAGCGUUCACCCGUCCUUUUCCCCGCGGGGAUCUCCCGCAGAGCCCGAUACCCCGCAGCCCACCGGGCGGCACCGCGCCCCUCCGCGCGGCGCCGCUCCGGGAGUUGCGGGAGGCACCGCCCCACCGCGGGGCUCGGCCGGGGGCUGCCCCCUCCUCCUCCCCCCGGCCCGGCCGCCUCUCGGCCCCGCGGCCGCCGCUAUAUAGCGCUGUGCGGGGGCGCAUCCCCCCGCCGCGCCCCCCGCGCCCCCGCACGGUCUCUCCGCGGCGGGGCCGCCCCGCGCUGCCCGCAGCCGCUUCGGCCGCCAGCCCUGCCUCCGCCGCCGCCGCCUCUCCCCCCAGGGGCCAUGUCCGCGGGCUCCGGGAGCGAGACAGAGGAGCUGCCCGAGAUGGACCUGCGGGCGCUGCAGCUGGACUACCCGGCGGCGGGCAAGAGGCAGCCCCGUGGCGAGCUCUACCCCUCUGGGGACAACUCCUCGGCGGCGGAGGAGGAGGAAGAGGAGGAGGAAGAGGAGGAGGAGGAGGAGGACGGCGAGGGCAGCUGCGCGGCGGGGGCGGCGGGCUGCAAGAGGAAGCGGGCGAGGGGCAGCGGUCCCGGGGGCAAGAAGGCGCCGUCGGGGCCGCGGGGGCCGGCGGCAGAGGGGAAGCAGUCGCAGCGCAACGCAGCCAACGCGCGGGAGCGGGCGCGGAUGCGAGUGCUGAGCAAAGCGUUCUCCCGGCUGAAGACCAGCCUGCCCUGGGUGCCGCCCGACACCAAGCUCUCCAAGCUGGACACGCUGCGCCUGGCCUCCAGCUACAUCGCGCACCUCCGGCAGCUGCUGCAAGAGGACCGCUACGAGAACGGCUACGUGCACCCCGUCAACCUGACUUGGCCAUUUGUGGUCUCAGGACGACCCGACGCUGACACCAAAGACGUCUCUGCCGCCAGCAGAUUAUGUGGAACUACCGCUUAGCCAAAUUCUUUCCCUUAGAGCUCUGAGGGAAAUCUAUUUAAAGCAGUAAAGGAAGGAGACGCUGGAAAGGAGAGCUGUUAUGAACUGUCUGCAGCCGCUGAAGUCUGAGAUUUGGAAAAGCCCUUCUUGGGCUUUGCCAUUUGUGCCGCUGCCUGAGGACCUGUUGUUCUGAGGCUGUUAAACUAAUGGAAGAGGAACAGAAUGUUAUAGAAUUAACAGCAUGGAUCAAAACGCAACUCUACAAACUAACCCCAAACAGUGUUAUUUGUAUUCUAAAGCAAAGCAGUAUUUUAGAGUAGCUUUGAAACUCAGAUUUAUAAUAUAUUUUGAUGGCUUUUGUAUUCACGGGUCGGGUUUACUGCAACUAUGCAAGAAGUGUAACCAUUCUUUGUUUUUGUCCUUUUAACCAGAGUUUUCUUGAAAAUGUGUAAGCAGCUACAUUCUGCAUUUAGGCUACCACCCAAUGGAAUGAAACUAAUUCCUUUGGUUAUGCCUCGAAGUGCCACAUGUAACAAUGUGGGACUGUCCCCAAGAUGUGGCAAAAUUUCUACAUCUUAAUACGGAAGAGAAAUUCUGCUCACUGAAAGGCCGGGGUGCAUGCGCUGUAAAGAAUGAAUUGUGUGAUGCUGCAAUACAGCAAGGAUUCACAAGGUGUUAAACAUUUCUUCUACACUGCUACGCUUCCCUUUGAUAAGUUGACCCUCAAAUGAGUUCCAGUAAUGUUUCUUCACUAAUCCGAAUGCUGUAAUAAAAGGAGGAUGCCAUCAAAUAAGUUGCAAAUGUAAAUAACUUUAUUUUUUUAUAAAUGACAUUAAAAGCUUGGUUACAGUGA